UACAUUCGAGUUCCGUAAACGUUUGAAUAUUACUAGAACCAACAGAAAUUUCGCGGAAAUGAUUUUUGAAUAAAAUUAUUUUUUCCCCCCCGCGAUUUAUGGUGACGUUAAAAGCCUGAGAAUCAGACUGCGUAAAUUUUGACGACUAAAAUGUAAACAUAAGCGAUUGAUGUAAUCAAUAUAUCGAAGAGGCCCGUCCGACGGGCUGAAUAUCUGAGUUUGGGCAAAGUUCGAACAUUUGGCACGCGUCUCAAGAACUCCCACUCGCGUUCCACUCAAAUUGUUGAGACUGAAGUACCACUGGGAUCCCACAGUGCCCAUCCCAUCGUCGGAGGUGCAUCAAACAUAGUUCCAGAGAGGGCGCAAUUAAUUCCACGCCACUUGGCCUGGGCAUCCAGCAUCACUAGCAUCCACUUCUAGCUACUUAGCACUUCGAGUGCCGACUAGUUGGCAAUUACUAUACUCGAUACUCUGGGCUUCUUAGGGUCUAUAAGGGGAAUCCGGGGAUCGGGGAUUCGGGCCUGGAGACGGAGCUCACGUACGCUCGGAAGCGUUUUGUGCCGCGCAUCUUUUUCGGCGUGUUUGAGUCGAGCUUGAUCGGCCCAAAUCGGUUAUAAAUAGACGCCGACCGCCGGAGGUACCGCAUUUGCAGCUCAUCAGUCGGCGGAUGUGACUCUGGAUAAUUAGACCUAAAAGCGGAUUUACCUUUCGACCCAUUUGACCGUCUCAGUGCGGCUCGGACGAGUGUCUGUGCAAGGACUUAGUUCUCAAUGAAUAUUUAAAUACAAACGUGUAUUCAGAAAACAGACUUAAAUAAAGUGAAUUAAAAUGUUUGUGGAAAAAGUGCUCGAACGCGCCACCAAAUCGGAGCUUUGCUCGAUCCUGGUCCUCCUGGUGAUCAGCCUGAGUAUCUACACAUUCUAUGCCACCCUCAAUUCCUAUUUGAGAUCGGUGCUCCUUUCACUGAGGCUCACGGGGCCCCCAUCGCUGCCAUUUCUGGGAAACUGUAUGCUGGUCACGGACAAGGAUUUGAUGCGAAAAUGUGCAAGCAAGGCCUUUGAUCUUUAUGGAUCUCUCGUGCGGAUUUGGGUGCUGCUCUUUCCCUUUUUUGCCGUUCUGCAACCGGAGGAUCUGCAAGUGAUACUCUCCUCCAAAAAGCACACCAAUAAGGUGUUUUUCUACAAGCUGAUGCACAAUUUCCUGGGAGAUGGCCUGAUUACCAGUAGUGGUUCCAAGUGGAGCAAUCAUCGUCGGCUCAUUCAGCCAGCUUUUCAUCACACUUUGUUGGAGAAGUUCAUAGAUACCUUUGUAGAUGCCUCUCAGUCGCUCUACGAAAAUCUAGAUGCCUCCGCCGUGGGCACAGAGAUUAAUAUCGCCAAAUAUGUAAACAGUUGUGUGUUGGACAUACUAAAUGAGGCCGUUUUGGGUGUGCCAAUUAAGAAAAAAGGCAAGGAUAUGGUCAGCAUGGAGGACUCGCCCUUUCGCCAAGGCAAACUGAUGAUGCCAACGCGAUUUACACAUCCCUGGCUGCUUCUGGACGGGAUUUACCACUGGACCAAGAUGGCCAACGAUGAACUGAACCAAAAAAAGCGCCUCAAUGAUUUCACACGCCAAAUGAUUAAAAGGCGUCGUGAGAUUCAAAACAAUAACAAUGGAAAUGGCGAGCGAAAGUGCCUGUUGGAUCACAUGAUUGAGAUCUCGGAGAGCAAUUCCGAUUUCACAGAGGAGGAUAUUGUAAACGAGGCUUGCACCUUCAUGUUGGCUGGUCAGGAUUCAGUGGGAGCCGCUGUGGCUUUCACCUUGUUUCUGUUAACUCAAAAUCCCGACUGCCAAGAUCGCUGUCUUCAGGAGUUGGAGAGCAUCUUCAGUGGCAGCAACAGAGCUCCUUCGAUGGCUGAUCUGCUCGAGAUGCGCUACAUGGAGAUGUGCAUCAAGGAGGCACUGCGUCUGUAUCCCAGUGUUCCCCUGAUUGCCCGAAAGCUCGGGGAGGAGGUGCGUCUGGCCAAUCACACUUUGCCCGCCGGGAGCAAUGUCUUCAUCUGCCCCUAUGCCACCCAUCGUCUUGCCCACAUCUACCCCGAUCCGGAGAAGUUCCAGCCGGAGAGGUUCUCUCCGGAGAACUCGGAGCACCGACAUCCCUACGCCUUUAUUCCGUUCAGCGCAGGACCAAGAUAUUGCAUUGGCAAUCGAUUUGCCAUCAUGGAAAUCAAGACUAUAGUGUCGAGGUUGCUCCGUAGCUUCCAGUUGCUCCCAGUUCCUGGGAAAACCACUGUUGAAGCCACCUUCCGGAUUACACUGAGAGCCUCCGGGGGACUUUGGGUGCGCCUCAAGCCCCGCGACCACCCGCUCACCGAUCACUGAUCAUCGAAUCCAGAUACCCUUUCGUUACAUUAACUUUAAUUAGUACGGUAAAUAUGUAUAUAAAUCGAUACAAUAAUUUAAACACUUAGCUUCCUCUAGCCUAAGUACAGUUCCUCUGACUGGAGGGCGAUAUAUCCUACUGUGAGUGGGUGUGUGCGUGUGAGUGUGUGUGGAUUGUAGAUUGUGGAUUGUGGACUUAGGAUCAAGGAUUGAGGAUCCUGGAUGCUGGGUGGGUGCGUUCUGAUCCGCAAUCGCUUCGCAUUCGCAAAUCGCUUCAUAUUCGAGUGUUCGUUGAGUUUCUCUGGGGUUUCUUUUGUGCUUAAACAAUGCUAUAUAUCUGCUAUAUAUGUCUGUAACUGCAAUAAAGUUAUGUUUCGUCGGCAUCUGGCCGACUUAAUCUAGGACGUGA